AUGACUGCUACUUUCAUAUCAGAUCGAAGUAUCGAGAGAAUAAAGCCAACUUCGCAGGAAUCUGAAUACUCACAGCGGCAUGUAACUAUGCCCAAAAAGAAAGACAGAGACCCUGGAAUAAUUGCAACAAUCUUACCAUUUUAUGCCUUCGGGAUAUUUAUUUAUCUAGUAUACACUAUCGUUAAGUUGCUGAACAAUCGAAGAAAAGUAAAGUCAAAGGAGAAGGAAAAGCACUUGAACGAUUAUUAUCGUAAUUUUUGCUACGUUUCUGAAAAAGGAAAAUUCAAAAUGGACAGCGACUCCUCUGAUGAUGAACAUGGGAAUGGACUACGUAAAUUUAGAACUCCAUGUGACAUAGGAUGGUCAUCUGCUCCAGAAAGUUCCAAUGCAACCUCCAAUGUCUGUCGCUCAGUCGCAGAUCUGCCCAAGGACUUGGAAUACUUACUCAAAAAGGCCGAUGAAGAUAAUCUAGGCAAGCUAUUGGGGAAUUUUCAAACCAGUUUAUAUUUUCAGCCUGAAACUUUAAAAAGUAAUUGUGUAGGACAUACGAAGACUUCUUUAGGUUUAUUACUGCGACCAACUAUGCAUUUUAGGCUCGUAGAAUUUAAAGCUUACUUUGAAUUACAACCAUGCUCACUACUAAAUAUGGGUUUACUUGUAAAACACAAGCUUCUUGCGAUGCUCAAUCGUUUUCGAAUUAAUUUUAUCAAAAAGUGA